AGCCAAUAUCGACAAAAUGGCUGCCAACAUUCCACUAAAUGAUGCCGACCGAUGGGACUGGUUGAUCCUUCUCCGAGAUGAGGCUCUAGCCGCUCUGCAGGAUGGCGCCAAAGGAGUCGUGGUAACCUGCAGUGCUCUCAAGAAGAAGUAUCGCGACGUUAUCCGUACUGCGCGCCUCUACGACGAAGACCCGAACGCCAACGUCCAUUUCGUCUACUUGCGGGCGAACAAGGAGACCUUGUUAGCGCGCGUGGGUGCCCGACAGGGGCACUACAUGAAAGACUCCAUGGUCCUUAGCCAGCUAGCAGCGCUUGAGGAACCAGAUGAGGACGAAAUUAAGAGGCUCAAGGACGUGGAUAUAGUCGAUGUCUCGGGAAGCCAGUUGGAGGUCGAAAAACUCGCAUCUACCGCGGUAGACAAAGUCCUGGUGACCGCUUCGUGACGCUAGCGGAAGGAGUCAGCUGGUACUGAUUUCAUUGUGAUUUUCUUCUUCACCCCAUAUUACACCACGCAGGUCUCUCCUAGCGUUCAGCAUCGCGGGGCGUCGGCACUUGGGAAUGGAUAUGAAAAAUGGCGCAGUAAUAUAUUAUACCCUUUGCAACAGGGAUUCUGAGUUCGAUUUUGGGCGUCAGUGGCGCUUUGCAUAUUUAGUGUGUGUGCGAGGGUGCAUGUUGCGCGGCGCCUUUGUGAGCGCUGCAUUUAAC